GGCCCAGCAUUCAUUUACAACUUUUAUUCUAAACAGAACCCAGAAAGAAGAAGAAAACAGGGGAAGAUGGGUUGCAGGAUGCAGAGGAGGCUUGCAUUGCGAAGAAAGCUUCACAUUCUUAGAAUGACCAACCAUUCCCAAUCUGUGAAACAGAGCUCAGCCUUCAUGGGUGCUUUUAUCUACCUCCACCAGCUCAAGCUAAAGUUGGAGGCAAUGAAGACAGAGCUUUCUGAGUUAGCUGAAAUCAGGAGGGAGUACUUAAACCGCAUAAACAAACUCCAGUUUCCUAAGAGGGAAGUGAAGGUGGAGAAGGGUGAGAAAGGGUUUCAAGUGAAGGUGACUUGCGAGAAGGGGAAAGACAAGCUAGUUUCAGUGCUGGAGGCUUUUGAAGAAAUGGGUCUCAAUGUUCUGCACGGCAAAGUUUCAUGCACCCCUAAUUUUGUAAUGGAAGCCAUUGUCGAUAAUGUUGGUAGUGGUCAAGGAAAGGAAACAGCUGAUGUGGAAAAGAUCACUCAAGCUCUUGUUAGGGCGAUUCACGGACUAAAAACAGAGGGAAAAGGCACAAGAGAUGCAUAGCAGGGUUUGGCAGAGCUCUUGUUAGGAUGCCUCUUUCAGUUUUGUAAUUUGCUUUGGUAAACUAGGGUAUGGAAUCUGAAUGGAUUGGUGCCAGGCCAUGUUCGUUUUCGGUUAUUUGAGGCUUACUUUUAGUUUCUGGGUUAAGAUUCUGAUAUGGAAGUUUGAGGUGGGGAGAAAGACAAGGUUAAGCGCCAUUUUGAAACCACAUUAUGAAGGAAGAUGUCACCCAAAUGUAAUUAAGGAUCAGGAUUGGA